AUGUCCGUUUGGAAUCCAGAAAACAUCAAAGAUGUUGCAGAGUCAAUCGGCAUACCCACUCUCAGCGAUGAAGCCUCUAGGGCGCUCACUUCAGAUCUCGAGUACCGAUUGUCUCAGGUCCUCGAAGAAGCCCUCAAGUUUAUGCGCCAUGGCAAACGUACGACGCUCACAACCCAAGACAUUUCGCAAGCAUUACGAGCUCUAGAUGUAGAGCCGCUGUACGGAUAUGAGUCUACCAGACCGUUGAGAUUUGGCGAGGCAUCUAUUGGUCCUGGGCAGCCGCUGUACUACGUCGAAGAUGAAGAGAUGGAAUUCGAGAAGCUUAUAAAUGCGCCUCUACCCAAAGUGCCCAGAGAGAUUACCUUCACAGCUCACUGGCUUGCCGUUGAGGGCGUACAGCCUUCUAUACCUCAGAAUCCCACCACUGCAGAGUCUCGGAAUCAAGAGCUUGCACCGAAAGGCGCGAAUGUCAACCCAAAUCUUGCUGCGAUGAGCGGCGGUGACAAUGUGACAGUCAAACCUCUAGUCAAGCACGUGCUUUCUAAGGAGCUACAACAGUACUUUGAAAAGGUCUGUGGUGCACUUUUGGAUGACGGAAAUAAUGACUAUCGUGUCGCGGCGCUCGCAAGCGUCGGUAGCGACCCUGGUCUUCACCAGCUAGUCCCAUAUUUUGUGCAAUUCAUUGCGGAGAAAGUGACGCAUAGUACCAGGGACAUCUCAGUCCUGACUCAAAUGAUGGAGCUUACGCAUUCCAUGCUAAGCAACAAGAGCCUCUUUCUGGAUCCAUAUAUCGCAUCCCUUGUCCCUCCCAUCCUUACUUGCCUAGUGGGACGUAACUUAGGCACACCAAACGACCCUCUCUCCUCUUACUCUCUUCGGCAAACAGCGGCAUCGCUCCUCAGACUUAUCGCCAAACGCUACAGCAAAACAUCGCACAUGCUCAAGCCACGACUCGCACGCACAUGUCUCAAAUACUUCCUUGAUCCCACCAAGCCGCUAGGCUCACAAUACGGUGGUAUGAUUGGUCUACAAGCAGUGGGAGGCGUAGAGGUCACAAGAGCCCUGAUCGUGCCAAAUCUAAGAGAAUACGAAGGGUUGCUAAGAGACGCGAUAGAAGGCAAUGACGACGGUAAGAGAAAAGAAGCCGAGAUGAUAGUCAGUGCUCUAUUAGAUACCUUGCUUUCUCUCGAGGGAGAGAUCGUUGGCACAGCGAAUGGCAUGGCGAAUGGCCAUGCGAUGGAGAUGAAGGUUGGAUUGGAAGAUAAAAUCGGGCCGCUCUUCGCAGAGAAGGUCAUGACUUUGGGGCGGCCAAAGGUCGUCAAAGCGAUCAUGCAGUGCGAGUAA